AUGGAAUGGGCUGAGAAGGGCGAGCAGAAAGAAGACCGGCCGCUGAAGGUGGAGCCGCGGAAGGAGCUGGGAUGUCGAGCUGCUAGGAUCAGGUUCAGGGUAGCAUCCAAAACGAAACGAGACAUUUACAAGCCCGGCUGCGUGGAUGCAAAGAGGAAGAAGCUCUGCGGAUGGACGGGAAAGUUGCAACGGCCUGAGGACGGGAUCUUGUCUGUCAUCUGUGUAACGAUGAGACUGAUUAUGAUGAAGGACGAGGGAGGGCUGAAGGGCAACUUUCAUAGGGGAGACCACCUCACGGGGAGCCACUAA